GUGGAGACAAUAGGUGAUGCCUACAUGGUGGCGUCCGGUCUGCCAAGGAGGAACGGGAACAUGCAUGCGGUGGACAUCUGCCGCAUGGCGUUGGACAUCCUAUCCUUCAUGGGCACCUUCCAGCUCAGACACCUGCCCGGCAUCCCUGUGUGGAUACGGAUCGGCGUGCACUCAGGUCCCUGUGCAGCAGGUGUUGUGGGGAUAAAGAUGCCCAGAUAUUGUUUAUUUGGUGACACAGUGAACACAGCGUCUCGGAUGGAGUCUUCAGGACAUCCCCUGCGGAUCCACGUCAGUGAGCCCACAAUACACAUCCUGCAGAGGACAGAGUGCAAGUUUGAGUACGAGCUCAGAGGAGAAACGUACCUAAAGGGUAAAGGUACAGAGAUGACUUACUGGUUGACAGGAGAAACUGGGAAAGACUACGACCUUCCUACUCCGCCUACAACGUAA